UGCAGCCUAGGAGAAAGACUUGUGUUACAACACUAGUGAUACUGACGAUAUGUGUCAUAAUCAAUCUACAGAUUAAUGUUUUUACGUUAAAUAAGUCUCUGAACAAUAACCAUAAUCACACCAGAAACGCCACCAUGGAAUUAACGUUUCCUGCAAGGACAUCAAAGACAACGCUCCAGAUCGUGACUUCAAUACCCGAGUAUGACAAAGAGAUGUCUUUUAACAACUUCUCCUAUCCGCUGGACGUAGAUAUGGUGAAAUUGAUACAGGAAUACAGUCUUACAGGGCAGGUUGAACAACGUGCUAUCAAUAACUUCACACAACGUUUCCUUCACAAUCCAGUCAACAGGUGUUACAUUACUGCAGGAGGGGAUAAUACUCAUACAGGUGACAUAUUUCUGCUGUUCGUUGUGAAAUCGAAGAAUGAUCACUUCGAUCAGAGGAAUGCAAUUCGAGAAACAUGGGGUAAUGAACUCUAUUUAAAGAAAUUUAUCAUAAAAACGGUAUUUAUAUUAGGAACUCCUGUUAAUGAAUCUCUUGAAUCUCUGAAUCCAAUUUGGAAAGAAAUUAAACAAUUCAAUGACAUUAUUUUAAUGGAUUUUCAUGAUACGUAUUUCAACAAUACAUUAAAAACGUCUACAUCGUUUAACUGGGUACCGGAAUUCUGUCCACAAGCCCGAUUUGUUGUUCUGGUUGACGAUGACAUCUACGUAUCAUUGGAAACACUGGUCAUCUACCUUGAACAUUUACCGUUGAGAAAGCACGCCCAACUGUAUAUGGGACAGACUUAUAUGGGUUAUAAACCACACCGCAACUCUACCAGUAAGUGGUAUGUCCCGGUGUCUGAGUAUCCAUGGGACGCCUAUCCAUCUUUCAUUUCGGCGGGUACAGUGAUUAUGACAAUGGACUUUGUAAAGGACGUACGGAUUGCCAUGCGUUAUACUAAACUGUUCAGACUGGACGAUAUUUACCUGGCAAUAUUGGCAUAUAAACUAGGUGUGGUCCCUGUUACCAAUAAAAACGUCUACGGGUACCAGGUUAUGUUUGGAAGCACAAAAUAUUCUGAUCUUUUAACUUCACACGGAUUUACACCACAGCAACUGAAACUAUUCUGGAAUGCGCAUGUCCGGACUAUACAAUGAGAUUGAGUUCAAAACACAGCAAGAUGUAUAUGUGGUUUUGUGUUAUUAUGUUUAACGUCAUGUAAAUACGUGUGUAAUGUAUGCGUGCUUGAGGCAGCAGAUGUUACUGUAAAUCAAGAAGAACCACACGUACGCAUUUGAGUUUCGAAUAAAUCUGCUAUGAAUCAACCUGUCAUGGAUCUUUAUCUGACGUCCUACGUUUUAUGCGGAUGAAUACUUCGACUAAUAUGUAGUAAAGAACUAUUUUAAAUUACAAUAAGCUGGCUUUCAAUUUCUAACAUAAAAACACUAAUGGCAUAAAAUCGAUAAGCCAAUUUUUCGAAUGAAUGCAUCGAAGAAUGUGCAUAGCCACUCACGUGGAUGUGGAUGUCUGUAUGAUCAAUGAAUGCUAUGUGUGUGAUAUCAGAUUUCUGGCAUACCAACACGUGAUUAAGAUGCAUUUUAUAUUUCAUAUUUUACCUGAAAGUGUUGUAUUAAGAAAUAUUAAACUUGCUUCCCGAAAACAUUUACCUUAUCACAUUCGAUAAAGAUUAGCCAAGAAGAGUUCUGACUGUCAGAGUAAGACAAUUCUUGUGUUAUCACAUUGUGUACUACAAGGUGUCUCGUUAGUAUCACCUUUACACUGGGAACAUUACUAAGAUUAGACAUAUGAAGUCUGCUUCUGCUGGUCAAUGCUUUACGAAAUAUGUUAAACAUUAUAUCAAAUGUAACCCAUAAUAGUAUAUUUCAAAACAGCAUCAUUCGUCAGAAAAAAAAAAGUUAAUUAGAAAUAUGAAAUAUAUUCAUCUGUUUGUCCUUACGGUCGUUUCAGUUACAAAUUAUAUGAGGUAGACAUACCGAUUUGUAUGUGUUGUUAUCGAAAAGCAAAAUAACUUUACCACUGUUAAAUGUAAACAGACACAGCACAUACAUUAAAAAAACUGUUAACAA